CCUGGCCCCCUGCCGCCUCGCUGGGGACAGGGCCUGCCCCGGGUCUCCACUAUGCCCCAGGCCUCGGAGCACCGACUGGGCCGGGCCCGUGAACAGCCCAUCAGUGUCCAGCCUCGGGCGGGAGCCAAGCUACCCAUCGGCUCCAGGGCGAGGAGCAAGGAGCGCCGAAGCCCAGCGCCUGCGCCUAACCCCAUGUUAAGGCCAUUGCCCCCUCGGCCCAGACCCCCUGAGGAAAGGUUCAAGAAGCUGGAGCUGGGGCGAGGGAGAAACUCAACCCCGCGUCCCAGGAGCCCUCUCCGGGCUGAUCAUGGAGUGCCCCUGCCCGGCUCACCACCUCCCACUGUGGCCCUGCCUCUGCCGUCCCGUACUAACCUGGCUCGUUCCAAGUCUGUGAGCAGUGGGGACUUGCGGCCGGUAGGGGCUUUGGGUGGACAUCGAGGCUGCGGGGAGCUCGGGGCCGCGCUGAGCCGCCUGACCCUCCGGCCUGAACCCCUGGUGCUGAGACGCAGCACCAUUCUUCGUCGACUUGGCGGCUUCGCUGGCCCCCCUACCCUGAUAACCAUUCGCUCAGAGCCCCAUCCCACGCAUGGCCCCUUUCUCACGUCUGCCCGGCCCCUGGAGUCUGUCCACCCUGAUGACAAGAUGGCUCAUCACACACUGCUCUUGGGGUCUGGCCGUGUUGGUCUUCGGAACCUGGGUAAUACGUGCUUCCUGAAUGCCGUGUUACAGUGUCUGAGCGGCACACGACCACUUCGAGACUUUUGUCUUCGGAGAGACUUUCGGCAAGAGGUGCCUGGUGGGGGCCGGGCCCAACAAGAACUUACUGAAGCCUUUGCAGAUGUGCUGGGAGCUCUGUGGCAUCCUGACUCCUGUGAAGCUGUGAACCCUACACGUUUCCGCACCGUCUUCCAGAAAUAUGUCCCUUCCUUCUCCGGAUACAGCCAGCAGGAUGCCCAGGAGUUCCUGAAGCUCCUCGUGGAGCGGCUACAUCUAGAGAUCAACCGGAGGGGCCGCCGUGCCCCACCCAUCUUGGCUGAUACCCCAGCCCCCUCUCGACGAGGGGGGGCCCUCCUUGAAGAGCCUGAGCUGAGUGACGACGAGCGAGCCAAUCUCAUGUGGAAGCGUUACUUGGAUCGAGAGGACAGCAAAAUCGUGGACCUGUUUGUUGGCCAGUUGAAAAGUUGCCUCAAGUGCCAGGCCUGUGGGUAUCGAUCCACGACCUUUGAGGUUUUUUGCGACCUGUCCCUGCCUAUCCCUAAGAAAGGGUUUGCUGGGGGGAAUUGUUUCAGCCUCUUCACCAAGGAGGAAGAAUUGGAGUCAGAGAAUGCCCCGGUGUGUGACAGAUGUCGGCAGAGAACACGAAGCACCAAGAAGCUAACUGUGCAGAGAUUCCCUCGGAUCCUUGUGCUUCACCUGAAUCGGUUUUCUGCAUCUCGAGGCUCUAUUAAAAAAAGCUCUGUUGGUGUUGACUUCCCCCUACAGCGACUGAGCCUAGGGGACUUUGCCAGUGAUAAAGCUGGGAGUCCUGUGUACCAGCUGUAUGCCCUUUGCAACCACUCGGGCAGUGUCCACUAUGGUCACUACACAGCCCUCUGCCGGGGCCAGACUGGUUGGCAUGUCUACAAUGACUCUCGUGUCUUCCCUGUCAGUGAAAAACAAGUGGCAUCCAGUGAGAGCUACGUGCUAUUCUACCAGCUGAUGCAGGAGCCGGCGCGGUGCCUGUGA